ACUCCAUCAUCAGCAUCCUUUCCGGUUAUUAGAAUGUUAAUGCAUCGUAAAUAGUUAAUUAUAAGUUCCAUUUUUAUUGCAGAUUGCUACAUGGAUGUACUCUUCAUCGUAUUACUAUGUAUCCCUCUCAGUCUUCAAGAAAUAGACUUCAACCCUUGGGAAUCCUCAUUACUGGUUUGUGAGCGUCUUAUAGCUAUCAUGAGAACAUAUUCAGAGGAAGCAAAAAGCCGUAGUGGCGAAAUGAACACAAUACGCGCCUAUUAUGACGUUACUGCGUUAUUUGAAAUGGGUUAUGUUGUGUCCGAGCUUCUUGAACGAUAUCGGAAAAUGGUGCUACAAAUAAAAGGUCCCUACGAAGAGCGCGAGAACUCUCCCGGAGUAGCAUUUGCAACGAAACGCUGCGAGUACGUGCAGAAGUUGUUCUUCGAGAUAUUUCAGUUGUGCAAUAUGGUGCACGAGAUUGAGAAGAAGUGGUCGGAAUCGUUAAUUCGCGAAAGGAAACGAAUUACAGGUGAAGACGGCGAAGGGAUAGACGGGGAAGAGAGACGUAAAAGAAUCGAGGCAGCCAUUGCAAAUUCCCGAGCGGCUCGAUUAAAGGAGAUCAGAAAGAGAAGAAAAUGGCGCAAGCAAAAGGAUAAGUUUGGUUUAAUCGCGAACAUUCAAGGGAAUAAAGACAGACGCCCAAAGAAUAAAUGGUGGCCAUUAGAUUAUGGCUGGGAGAUAGAUUAUUAUUGGUAAUUAAAAUGUAUUCAAUAA